CCCCUGUCGGGGAUGAAAUGUACAUGGCACUCGGGCUGCGUGGUAAAAUUCUUAGCUACAACUUUGCCAAGCAUCGCCUAUCUGUGAUUGAUCCGCCGGACUCGUACAACAAGGGCAUCGUCCUCAUGCUCACCGAGGACGGCUUGCUCGGUCUCUCCGGCAUUAGGGGUUUCAACCUUCACCUGCGGACGAGGAAGGCAAAUAAUGGCGCAGAGGGAGUUGAAAGAUGGGUACAAUGCAGGGUGAUUGACUUGCAGACAUUGUUGCCAGUUGCCAACCCUUUCAAACGAACUAUCGUGACUGGUGUUGCUGAGGAUGCCUGCGUCAUCUUCAUCAGCACAGAUAUUGGUGCCUUCAUUAUUGAGCUCAAGACAGGGCGGGCGAGGAAGGUUGCCGGGCCUGGGCGCUACUAUCCUGUCAUACCCUUUUCGAUUUUCUACACACCGGGUUACACAUCAGUGGGAUUGCUAUCAAAGUAAGUUUCAUAUUUUUGGAUUGGGGGAGCUUUGUUGCUCCAUUCUUUGUUCAUACAACACUAGAAUGCAUCACC